CACUAGUUGUGGAUAGCGUAUACCUCUGACAAAGAGAAAUCCGGACCACCCGUACACGUGCUAUGUCUAAGAUAUAUGCCCGCAUGGCACAGAAUAUCGAAACCCCAAAUUCGACCCUCUUCCCUACCCACACAGAUAUACAUCGAUAUCCACCAUCUUCGCCGCCAGAACUAAAGACACAGCAGCACCCAAAACAAACCACACAUGAUACACUCCUCAAGCCCUCUCAUCAUCACACGUCUUCACAGUAUUUCUAUACACACACAUAUACAUACAUACACUGCAAUCAGGAGCCAUGUGGGAGAUUCGUCCUCAUACGUGCGUCUGGCGCGAUGUAUAUAAGGUUUGUUUAGAAAAUGGAGGUUGAUGGGCUGAGUUAGGGGCUGGGUGUGGAGGUUUAUGUUUGUAUCGUCUCCGUCCCCGUGUGCUGUGUGUGGUGUGGUAUGGUGCGCGAGGUGUGCGGUGUGGUAUGG